AAACGAGCUCACAACCACCAACCAGCGGGUCCGGGGGCUCCAGGGCAGGAUCGGCCAACUUCAACAGACCUGCUCCGAGCUGGACCCCAAACAGGAGGCAGUGCGUAAGUACCCCUAACACUUGACAUACAUCUGGAACCCAUCUGGGCCUGUAAAUUCCAAACAAAUAAUUUAUUCUUGUAUGUUUGAUAGUUAAUAUUUCCCACUGCUGCGCAUACACACAUCUGCAGAGGACUCAGGGUUCACUGCAGGGCUGUACUUUCCUUUCCACAGCUGAGGUACGAUGAGCUGCGAGAGACCGCACCCGUGUCCGUGCACAUGUGCCCAUUUCCAUGGAGACGCAAAGCUUAAAAUAAUACACACAAUGGCAUCCUUUCUGAAACCUUCUGGCACGAGUUAGUAUGAGGUGUCAGUGUGGCGCUGACAGCCCAGCUGCGAUUUCCACUCCAGCUCAUUGAUGCUUUCCGUACCGCUGUGUUAAUGAGUAAACACGCACGCUCUGUUUCAGUGGAAAUCUUAUGCACACACACUCCUACAGCUGGGCACUGCUUUACAGAAUCAUCAGUGUACGUUUGAAUAUUUGUGUUGGCCGACAAUAGAGAGAUACAUGUGGUAUAAUCCCAGUGUGUCCUGGGAGAGUCAGGGUGGGGCUCCGAGUGGGCGACACGCUGGUCUGGAGAAAAUGUUUCUCGGUGAAGUGAAUGUGAUUGGAUUGGAUUUGUGACGGUUAAAGACACUUUAUAAGGAGCAGACAAAGCAUUCAAAUAAAUGUAUUGAACAGAAAAGCAGGGAGCAUUUCAACUUAUCUCUCUACUCGUUAAAGUUAAGUAAAGAUGUAUUUAAUUAAAGGUUUUACUUUGGUUGACUGUAUCUCUAAUAUUGUUAGCGUCUGCACUGAGACAUUACUGGGCAUUUAGCUAUGUUGUAACCCCAAACUCCUCUGAAUCUCUAGGAAUAAUAAUCACAGCAUCAAUUUAAGGACUCACAAAUGUCAGAAGAUUCCCAGAGGGAGAUCACUGAAACGGAAUUGGAAUUGGGAAAGGCGUUUGGGAAUAUACAAAAAGGUGCAAAAAAACCAAUGUUUGUUUGAAAUAUAACAUGUAGCAGCACAAAUAACUGAAACAAUUAUCUAAAUGAACAAAGAAAAGAAAUGAGGAAGGGGUACCCACCACAUCCAUCCACAUUCACUCACUCUUGAGCGACUUGCUCUUAGAAGGACUUUGUGCCCAAGCUUUCCUACUAAAUUAAAAGCAAUACACAGUUUAUGAUGAAUGCAGACUGUACAGUGGUGGUGUGGUUAGAUCUGUCGCAAGAAGGUCCUGAGUUUGGCCGUUGACACAACUCUGCAAUCUUGGACUGCAGGUGUACAAGUUUAAAAAACGCCAAAGUGUGUGGCUAUCUGCAGAGAAGACCAAAAAUAAAUAAAAAAGUGCACUUGCACUGGCUGAUUCAUAUCAGGAAUUUAAACAAUGGAGGCAUGCACUCCUAACUGAAGACAAUUAGGCCUUCAGAGAAAGGAAGAAAGACAGGAGGUGAAGACCCAGAGGAAAGGUACACUGAGGAAAUAUAUUACUUAAAUAAAACAGGAGGUGGAAACAAGAAAGAAAGCGGAAUGAAACAAGGAGAGAAAGGCAAAGGGAGGCUAAAGACACAAGGAAAAAGUGAACAUGAAAAACACGAGAACAGCAUGACAAUUAAAUCAAAACAUGGCCCAAAACUACACAAAACCCAGGACCAUAGAGGAAAGUCUGUGUGUGGGAAACACUGUGUUGUAUUAGCAGUGCUAUUUCUCUCUAAAUAGUUCCACCUCCUGGUGAAGCUUGUGGGUUUGGGGGCUUUCUGGGUGUGGUGCUGGAAGCCGCCAGGAUUUGGUGCUCCAUUGUUUUCCCUCUAAGGCCUGCUGGGUUUGCUCUGUGCAUAUCCAUCCAUCCUGCCAGCGACUGGUUUGUCUUGGACCAGCCGGGCCGCCGAUGUAUUCUCUCUCUGAUUUGAUUCCCAGCAGACAGAAAUGUGUGAGGGUCAGCCCAGCUCAGCCUAAUGCCGCUCCCUCUUGAUGACUUUCCCUGAGACCCCCGCAGGUCACUCUCCUACAAAGCUGAACCCAGUCUGACCAUAGCUGUCUGUUAAACCGAGGUUUCCACUGCGAUCGUCCAGCGCCAAAUCUGCCCUCGUCAUCCCUUUUCCAAACCACACCUUGCUCCAUGUCUGCGUUCAGGGUUCCCUAUUUUCCCCUCGAACACUCUGUCUGUUCUACUUAUUGUGCUCCAUGUGAGCGGCGAGUGAUGCCAGUAAACUGGUGAAACCACAGUCUGAGGCUCACACAGCUCAGUGUUUACACAGGAAACUGUGGUGAAAACCUUCUGCGAUUAAGCUAUUCAGACACUUACAUAACAGUCUGCAUAUUCCUGUGUACCUUUAGUGCCAGGUUACAAAGCGACUCUCCAACUGUGUGAGGUUGUUGCCCUCACUGAUACCGAACACACACAUUACACACGCAUGUAAGUUUGUAAUCGCUCGAGUGUUUCCGUAACCUCUGCAGCUCCGCCUGUGACCUGAAAGUGUAGUGCCAUGUAGGCUUCUACCCUCUGACCCCUCAGCUUGUCAUACACUGAGCUGAUAAAUGAGCAGCUGUGCAACACACUGGAUGCGCUUCUGUCGCCAGGAGCUGGUUUUUGUUUCAAAUUUAAACACUAAGCAGUGUGCAGCCUUUCAGUCAAAGCAGAACGCAGAUAUAGGCCAGUGCGACCGUGAAACAGUUAUACGAGACACAUAAGGUCAGGCAGGCGGCAGCGUGCAGACAGGACUCUGCAAGUUUUCUGUUUUAUGACAAGAGAAAGAGUUAUUUACUCUUAACACACAUGCUAUUAUGACUGACACGGCACUGUGUUUGCCUUUGCACGGCAGGCCAUCAAUCCCUCAAGAAAUGAAAAUUGAUAAAAAGUCCUAAAAAAAAGCAAAAGAAAAUGUUUCAAUUUACUGUUUUUUCCUCAUUUACUAGCAGGAACCACAUCUCCAAAUGUGAUUAAACAACUUUUAUUGAUCGUGAAACAGCAAGUUAGGCCUGAUGAUGGUCUCAUUGGGGACUGACUGUGGAUUCUGGGGCUGGCAGACCUGGUUGGUACCUAUAAGACAGGACGAUGCAAAGAUUGUGGGCAUGCUAGUUCCUCUCAUACUCUAUCCACUGCUGAGGGACGGAGUUGGAGGGUUGGGUACUUCAACAAGUUUACUUAAUAUUAGUGCUGUCAGCGUCAAUCUCAUUGAAAGGACGUUAACGCCAUAACUGCAUUAAUGCGGCAAAUCUCCGUUAGCAAGUUACUGCGGAUCGCCCUUGUGCGGGGCAGCACGGCGUCAACGCAUUAGCGCGGUUACCUCGUUUUUUUUCUGUUCUCAAAGUGAUCUCCCUGUUGGAGCUCUGUCUGGGGGGGAGUUCUUUUUUCUCCUUGUCUUUCCUAAUGUUGUGUAUUUUCCAUUGUUCGGUUCCGGGUCGCUGCUUGUGUGGUCGACCGGCCAGUGCUACCUAGCCUGACCUGUCUCCCCAAUGUGAUGUUUGUGUAUUGUAUGUAUGGUCGGCAAGGUCAGUCUCUCAAUUUCCCCUCGAGGAUGAAUAAAGUCUUCUGAAUCUGAAUUUCUGGUGGAGUGUCAACCUUGUGAUAAACUUGGCGUAGUGGUCUGGUCCAAGCCAUUUGUAAGGUGUGAGCUGCCUCCUUCCUAAGCGGGCCCUGCCAGGACACAUUUUGUAACGCACGUUUAAAUAUUCAAAGGAACGAUUCAAUUAAACACAUCCUCCCAUGUCUAAUGUUGCUUUGUCAUGCAUGUGGAGUUGUAUUGAAAUUACAUAAUGUGCGUAGCAUAAAUGCAGCCUGUUGACAGGUUAAUCUCUCGUUCCCGUCUUGUUUUUCUUGGCUUUGUGCAUGUGGAAAGGUAAAUUCGCUCCUUCCUCGCUCGUCCUGUCCGACCACAGAGGAAAAAACACUUUUGUUUCACCUUUUUGAAUGCAACCGUUUUCCCGUAAGCCUUCUGGUUCAUGUUGACAGAGCUGAUCGUGCCGAGGCUGCUCAGGUUACUUCUUCUGCUUGUUCUGACUUCAGGGGCUUUCAUUAUCCUCUUCCUUGUGGUUAACACUACCUUUACUUCCAGUAAAGAUGGGAACGAGUUUUUCUUUUUGUUCUUUAAAUCUCUUCCAAAAAAGUUCGCCUUUCUCUGGGUGCUCCUAAGACGGAACAAAAGCAGGAGGUCAAAGGGCGAAUGUUUUAAUUUGUGAGACUAAUAGGCCAGGUGGACCUGGAGGCUACGGAAACCCAGAGAGCCUUUUCAGCUGGGACCAGCCCAGGAACGCCCCUUCCUCCUCUGCUGAGUCUGAGUGUGUGAGUACUUCAAAGGUGCAGGGAAAGCAGGAACCCGUGCCAAGCUCAGCGGGAGGGCCAUUACAGCCCAAUAGGAGUCAGCUGUGACCUCAAAGACCGUUAAAUGAUGUGAUAUGAGAGGGCGUGCUGCAGCCUCCCGAAGGCCUCUGUAGCGAAUCAGGAGGGCAGAGCUGUAAAAUGAGCUCCUUGCUGAUUUAAAGGUUGAAGGAAUUUUACGUGUACUUAAAAAUAUAGGCUGUUACUUUUCUCUUACAUGUGUUUUUCACAUUUUCCCCUAUGUUGUGCAUUAAGGAACUGCUCGAUUACUUUUUUUUAUAGUUUAUAUUUGUAACUUUUCAGUGUUUUUUUGCUUUUCUAUUAAGUUUAAAAAUGUAGAAAUGGGUAGUUUUUAUCACUAAGCAUCUGAAAACUGAAUAUCUAUAGUCAGCAACGAGGCUGUGAACAAGUGGCCAAUAAAUUGGUGAUUUACUUGAGUGUUUGCUGAUGUGAGCUGACCCCACAGUCUGUAUGCAGACAUAAUAAUGAGGUGUCUAGAGGUCAAGAGGUAAAAGGCUGCUGAAUGCAUCGGCUCUGACCUCUCCCGACCCCGCUGAGUGCGCAUGUAGAGGAGAGAAAAAUGAAUCGCCCCAUCUCUGCUGGCUGGGAGUUGCUCUCAUUCAGUUUUUGUUAUACUGAGGUUUUUCUUUUCAUCGCUUAGAAGCUGUGAGUCAAAGAGCGGACGCCUGUAAACAAGGGGGUCAGGUUGUAUGGCGAGGGCAGGGUAAUGAAAUAUUCACAACCCAGAGUGAGAGUCGAUUCGAAGUGAAGCUAAUAUGAAUGAGUUGGUUUGGGCUUUUUACAAGAUUUUAAUGAGAGAACAUCUGCGGACGGUAACUUCCAGAUGAUUUCAUCAUUGUUUUUGCUCCUGAUAAGUGUAAAUCAGGAUUUAAUUACAGUGAGCUGAGAAGUGCAGUGGAAACUCCCACUCAUGCUGUUUGAGCUGUUCAGCAUGACUAAGGGUUGAUUGCACCGCAUCGCUGCAAGAGCUGGAUUCUCCCUGGAUGUUGUCAUUCUUUAGUAGCACUUUGAUAGAUGUACUUAUUUUGCUCUUUGGUGGAUCAGUGGAAUAAGAGGGAGGUUUAAAACUGCAGGUUUAGCUUUCAGAAUUGCAUUUAUCCGAAAUCUUUUCUUAAUACACUUUUAAAUCUCUGCUUAGAAUCUUAUAUAAGUAGAUUUGCAAACAUUUUCUUCUAGUUAAGUCUUCUAAGGCUUUCUUUUGUUAAUUAAAAGAAAUAUAGUAUCUAUAUAUACUGUGUCAGAGUGAGAAAAUAAGAAGUUAAAAGAAAGGAAUUGAUGCUCGCACCAAGCGUAGCCCAUCUUUAUUAUAUAUAUAUAUCACUGUCACUGUUUACAAACUGAGCAUCGUGUAGUAUUCAAUAAGAUUUGAAACUAACAGUUGAUCACAUAAAUUAAUCACGAAAGUGUUUAAUGAGGUGAUAAAUCAAGUGAACCAAAGGGUCAUUUUUCCAUAGACUUUCAUGUAAUUUGAAGUUUUUGUUGUACUCACCCCCUGCUGGCCACUAAGUAGAAUGCAAUGGCUUUACUUUUCAAACCCAGAGGCUACGUCAAGGAUCUCGGACUCCAGUAUGAUUGAACAAUGCAUGAUUUAGCCUACAUCCAUUGAACAGUAGGAUUGACAGGAGGUCAACUCACACCCGGUGGGCUGUUGGGUUUGUUAUACACUGGCAAAAACACCAUAAAGAGAGCAAAGCGUUACUGUAAAACCAAAGUAAUGAGCUAAAUGUUGCGACAAGUUGCUACAACUCCCCAAAAGCAACUGCCUUCGCAUUUCAUUUAGCCAUUUGAUCUGCUGUUGAUAUGAAAGCCCAGGUCACCCUUUCUAUUUAUUCAUUUGUCUGGAUUCAGCGUCGCAUAAAUGUGCAGUGACGCUCUCGCAAAACUGCCUGCUCAUUACUGUGCUGUAAAACACGCCGCACACUCUCGUGAACAUUACACAAGCUGGAAAAGUUUACAAAGGAAAUGUUUCUGAGGACGUCAGACGUUCAACACAUCCUCCUCCUUUCCCCACCAGAAACGUCUCCCUCGAAAGAGAGGGAGAUCUUUUUGUUGGCGUCACGCCUACCCUGCGAUGUACAGCGCUGUGGAGGGUUCAAAAUGGAAAGUAUUUCAAAGUCACCGCAGCCUGCCGACAGACUUUGUAGUGGUAAUUUAAAGCAGCUGAGGAAACAAUCGCGCACCGCUCCUCUUCUACAACUCUGAGCCUUCGUCGAUCUUCGGGAGGAUUUCGGCUCAGCAGCAACAGAGUUUCAGAUAUUAUUCCAAAUAAUUCUUAACCAGCAUGGUUUAAAAACUGCGUGUGUACGUUUAGGGUAUGGAUAAACUUCAGAAACUUUAUAGCUUUGCUGAGGAUUGUAUCGCAGGAGGGAAGCUUUGGGGUUGUGGUUUUGAAAUUUCUUUCCUGUUGAUGAAUAUAUUUUUGGGCUUUCCAAGCUUGUAUGGUCGUCUGUGUGUUUAUGCACUUCGCUCUUGCAUUUUCCUUGUUAUUUGCCUUCAGUAGAACAUUAGGUUUAUCAUGAGGUCAUGUGUUUUAACGUUUUACAAUGGAAAACUGUGAUAUCUGAUGGGAUUCCCCCUCCCUUUCUUCAUUUUCACCCUUCACUGUACCUCCUGGCACACAAGCAGACAGACAGUUUGGCGCUCCAGGCGCUGGUCCAAAAUCUAAAGCAGCGUCUCCUGAAAGUACACGUGUGAUUUCAUUUCACCACCAGACGAGUUUUCGUGUGUGGGCUUGCAGCGCUGCCAACCCCUGCGUGCUGACCUCAAGUCAAGAAACACAAGCAGACUUUCGUGCGUUUUAAUUCAUCAGGAAUAAUUUCACACUCCUGCCGUGCUUUUCCCGCCGUGGUGAUGUCAUUAAAGAACAGAUUAGGUAGAUUAAAAUGUCACUUUUAUGGGACUAUAAAUAGAAUCGUGAUCCUGAUGGGCGUAUUCCUCGUUUCUCAGCCGGAUAAUUAGCUGACUCAUAUUGAGGGACAGUAAAGCACUUUAGGAAGUCAACCAGCAGUUUGAUUACUGCUCAGCAGCUGUUUGCUGUGGUACCUGCAGGCACCUGAGAGCAGCAUCGGGCUGCAAAAAAGGCUCAUUACCCCCCCUGUGGACCUCCUGGUUCCCAGCAUUGCAUUCCAAGCAGAGCCCACAUCAAAGCUCCAGGUGAGCUGAGGGAGUGCCUGUUUGAAUAGGUGUGGUAGGAAGAGAGACAGAUGGGAACACCUUCAGUUACUUGUACUAGAAUUAGUCUCAACUAUGACCAGUCUGUGCAAGUCCAGUGUCAGAGUGGAAACGAUCCCAAGGGCCACUUAAAUGUUACACGCUAAAUACACCAAUUAAGUUGGACAGUUACCACAUUACCCUUGCUUUAAAAGCAAGUGACACCUUCUACAGCAGUGACAACAAAGACUGUGAAACAGGUGGAUAAGCAGGGGCAUGAAAGCACAAAGGGCUCUUUUCUUAUGGGUAUAUUUGGUGUGAUGACUUCUAGUUGAAAGGAUGCUCCCAAGGCAAUUUAGAGUAUGUGUACAAAGUGCUGUGCGUGGUUUAAAUGAGGCUUGUAUUGAAAAGUGCUCAGUUAAGCUGCAAAGUAAGUGCAACUUCAUUUAUAAGGUUCCCUUGGCUAAUUUUUGCUAUGUUUAAUAUAACCACAUACCCAUUUCUUUUCUGGACAGUUAUGACUGAUUAAACAUGAUAGAUUUCCUCAAAGUGCUUUUAUGUCUUUGGAGUUUAAUAUUAAAGUGGACCUAUUAUGCUUUUUAAAGUUUUCUGUCAUAUAUAAACUGUCCCAGUGUUGGAUGCUCAUAUUAAACUCAGCCAAACCUCCAGAUAAUGAGGUCGUGGUAUGUAUUCCCUGUGAGCCUCAUUAUUUGGACCUUUGGUAAAGAGAAAGUAAGUAAAAGCAUAAUAGCUUUCUCUUUAAAAAAAAAGUGCUUCAGAGAUGCAAUCAUGGUGCAGUUAUGGGAAAUGUAGGAUCCAGGGUCUGUGGGGAGUCACCAGUACCAUGGGGCUGUUAUACUGUGCAGGGCAUUUGGCAAGGCUUGGGUCACAUUUACAGUGAGAACAUAGCCCUGGUGUGGGGGUAUAGCUCAGUGGUAGAGCAUUUGACUGCAAAUCAAGAGGUCUCUGGUUCAAGUCCAGAUGCUCUCUCGCUUGCAAAUAUGUGAAGCUAUUGGACCAAUUAAACAGUAUUGAGUGUUCACCUUUAUCUUUUGUUGUUCAGCAUAAAAAAGUCUCCAUCAUUAGAGCAUGAGGCUUCACUGGGUGGCUUCGUUGUUACACUGACACAAAUCAUAUAUUUAAGCCUUUGCUGUUCCCAUAGCUCAACCCAAACCGAGCACCAUCAUCAAAACACCAAAUGAUGGAGGAUCAUUUAGAAGGACAACUCUAUUUUUUUCCAUUCUUGAACUCCAAAGUAGCUUCACCCGAUUCACAUUUCAAAAAUAAACCUUAUGCAUCUUAAAUAUUUUAUCCCCACCCUGAAAAAACAGUUUUAGCUCGCCACAGUAUAAGCCAGCUUUCUUCUGAUUGGCUGGCUCUCACAAGCAAUUAGGUAUAUGCCGUUGCUAUUACGUUAGAUCUGUUAUGCAGUUGGGAGCAUGUCUAGAGGAGGCACAAAUCCCUUUAUGUUUGCAUCAGGAAGGGCAAGCAGUGUGAAAAACCUGCAAAAGCAAACAUGUGGAGUUGCCUGCGUUGGCUACUUCUUGUGAAUAAGAGCAGCCAGAUGUAGCUGGCUCUUUAAUUGGUUAAUAUUAUGCUAUAUUUCUGCCAUUAAUCCUCCUGUUCAUCACUCUUAUAAUCAGCAACAUUUCAACGUUUCAGCAACUCUUAAGCUUCCCUCAGCUAGCCUGUUGGUUUCUUAUUGAAUGUCAACAAUCUUGUGCCCCACCUGAUGCAGCUGGUCAGCAGCGGCGGCAGCGACAUCACCAUCAGCUGGGUGGAUUUGGGCUCAGAGCGGAUUACUGGGGAGAGGGGUAUUAUUGUUUUUUUUCCUACUGGCACUGGGACUCUACUCUUUGUGCUUUCCUAAUCAGACCUCAGUGGAGACUUUCUUCAGCAGCUGACUGGACACUCAGCAGGAGAGCAGCGUUGUUUUCUUUAAUAAUCGCAGAUGUUACAUUGGAGCAUUUUCAUUUUUGAUUACAGAAAAAAUAUGAAAGGAUAAGUCUCCCAGCAGUUUGGUCUGUUUACUUUUUCUUCAGGUGAGUGCCAUGCAUCUAGUUUUAGAUGCUUUGCAUUUGCUUUCACUAACAAAUUUGAUUAGAAAGUAUUGUGCUUGAGUAGUUCAAAGCAUCUAAACUAUUUAUUUAAAGAAUGAACUGCAAUAUUUAACACAAAAGUUCAGGACAUGCACUGUCCCGUGCAUCCUUCGGCAUUCCUCCGUACCCUCCGCGAUCCUUCAUUGUAGGUUAAGCGGUCAGUGUUGUUUCAGCGGUUUGGAUUAACACUCCUCUCCUCCUAUAGCACACCAUAAACAGAUUAGUGGUCUCCAAGUCAGGGCACGGCUGGGCCAUCUGUACCCUGCACUGGGUGGGGAUGGGGACAUGGGGGUGGAGUGUGAGCAGAUGUUCCAGAGGGGCUGUAGGUCAGUAGGGCCGAGGGACCGUCAGUCACGAAGGACGCGGAGUUCCUGUUCAGGUGACGGAUUUAAAGUGAGUUUAAACCACCGUGCAUUGUCAUGGCUCUGGGAUGCUGCAUCGCCCUCACACCCCAAGGUACUGUAUAAUUUACUGAGGCUUUAAUUGAGCUGCAUGCACCUCCCACUUCGCUCCUGCUCUGCAUGUCAACCACAGCGGUUUCACACUUUGUCACAAGAUGUAAGACGCGAUGAUGAAGAGUUUGUUUUUCACGGUUAGUUUGAACCGUGUUAAAAACCCAAACGCUCCCCACACACUACACUUGUCCUGCAGCGUGAGUAACCCCAAAGAAAAAAAGGAAUCAAAGAUUCACUCGCGUAAAUUACACACAGCUGAAACAGCAAUGUGCAAGCUCAUCUGUCUGCCUGUUGCAUGUACAGAAGUUCAGAUUUAGAGUUUUUCUAAAGUUCUACGUGUGACCUAAUGGCUGACAUCUGCGGCUCUGUCCUCCCAGGCCGCUGGCAAAUUGUAGGUGUGUGAGCGUAGGUGUGAGGCUGUUUUGACUUGGCUCCUGUCUGAGCCAAAACCGAGAAAAUUACAAGGCAGAGGCAGUCUGGGGAUGCAUGCAGGCUUUCAUUGCCCCUCUUCUCCUGGCCUGCAGGGCUGAGUGCAGUGGGGGAUGAUCCUGCAGCAAAUGAAGAGGUGGAGAUGAGAUUGAUAGGCAGUGUCACAGUGCAUAUAAUAGAGUGUGAUUUCACCUCGCCAGGAAAGUUAACAGAAAGAUGCCACAAGCAACGACGCAAAUAUACAGAAAUGCUCCUCAAAAAAAAUUUUUUUCUCUUCUUCUUCUUCUCACCGGAGGCCAUGUGGCUCAUUUGGCUCAAUAUAGCCAUGCUGCAAAUCAAUCAGCCCGAUGUGAAACAAAGAGAAAGCUGCCAAGAGGUCAAUGAGAUGGCUGCAGCCUGAUGUGUUUUCUUAGGCCUCACUGGGGGCAACAGCUGACCACUAAAUUAGCACUAAAAGCUUUGCCCAUAUGGACUUCUGUGUCCAUGAAAACCUCUCUUAAAGGCCUCUAAUGAACUCGUGCUCUGGCGCACAAACACAGCCUCACUUAACCAAGAUUUCAGCGAGCAAGGUCAAAGGAAGUACUGAUGUGUUUUUUAGCUGGAGGACGAUAAAAACGGGGAAGGUUGAAUGGAGUCAGAUGAUGAGAGCACAGUGUUUGUCCUAGUUGUGGCUGCUAUUGUUGUCAAAUGGGUUUUUAGUGUGUUGUGAGACACUGAGGGUGUCACAGCAAGGCCAACAGUUCACAGCUCAGUGGGGAAGCACUGAGGGGAGAGGCUGACAAGCAGUGUCAGAGGGCUCCUCAUUUCACCAUAAUUUACACGGCAAACGCAUCAUCUGCUGCACGUCUGAAAUAUUGUGGGCGUUUGCUCGGUUAUAUAUUACUGCACCGAUAUUAAAUCUGUGGCAAGUCCAAUAAAUAAAUAUAAUAAAUGCAGAUAUAUCCAUCCAGGUCCUACAGGGGUUUUCCUGCAUUAAAAAAAAAAUUGGCAGCUAACAAAGGUGACUGUUUCAUGUUGUAUAUUUUAAACCUGGCUGUUUAUUUACAACACGCAUGCAAAGUCAUAUAUGGCAGCAGGUAGGAAACAUCUGGCGGGCGUAAAACAAUUUCAUUAAGAUUCGAGUGAAGCGGUGCUUCCACACCGGUGUAAAUCUUUGCUGAGUUCACCUCCAGCUUCUCCAGCUGUGCAGGAGAUGCAACACAGAGCGUGUUUUUAGUUCAGCGAGGUCACACAGCAGAGGGCUUUUAGAUCACCCUGGAAAACGUCAGGUUGUGUCGGCGUAGCUGAUAAACACGUCGCGUCUCCUGGGGAUUUCGCAGUGUUUCUUAGAAAGGACCUGCCAGAGGAUUCAUAGCAGUGAUAGUGAUGUUAGAAAAGCACUUAGCAUACGCAGCAGUUGGAUACACAGGCUGAGGUUUAGUGUCGGGCUGCUGCGCUGGGUCUUCCUGACCUUUAGUAGCUCCAGUCAGGAGUUGGACCGUGUCCUUUUCUGUGUGAACGAGGCUAAAGUUAACUUCUGGCUGCAACACAAAGCAAACUGCGAGCCAGAGCUGCCUCUCAUCAGACACAGAGGUCAGAUAGAGUGCGAUUCGGCAAAGCUGCCCGGUCAAGGACAGGCCCAGAAAUGUCAGGCAGGUAAGAGAAGACUGACAGAUCUGUCUUUGUGUGCUAUCAAAGCAAAAGCUCAGCAGUUAAUCCUCAGGAUUUUACUUGGAUUUCGCUGCAGAUGUCUGAGAUACUAUCUCACGCCAGUGGCUUCAAUGAAGGAGUCUUAUUUCAUGCAACCAAACUAUGCUGUUAUUUUAAUCUACUCAUGCUGGUUUCUCUCUGACAUCUUGUUCUUGUAUGAAUAACUCCUGUGCAUACUUCAAGCAGUCAACAUCCAAAUAAGUCCCAGCACAAAGACCAGACUUCAUCCUUUUGAACUCAAACUUUCCCCAUUCAUGCAGCCCCUCCAUGCAUUAUGUGUAAUUUGAAGCGGUGCAGUAACUCGAGGAGAUGUAAGGGGGAGCAGUGGGGUUAUUCCAUGUAUUGGUCAGUGUUUAGAGGAUGAAAGUCACACUAUCAGGUUGCAUUAAUACCUAUUGUUUGGCUGCAGGUGAUAGCAUUGCAUUAGUAAACAGGCUAUUGUGCUGCUAACAUUGGAUGUGAUUAUCUGGAUUUUUAGUCUCAGGCUUUAAGCUGACUCUGUUGUUCUCCCAACUAAUAAAAAACCCUUCAGUGUUCAUAUGUAGAAGGAGAUAACAUUCAAAGCCACCACAAAGCAAAGCUCAUCAGUUGCAUUUGUUUCUGAAAAUGUGGACGUCACACAUUUCAACCACAAAAAUGCCUGAAUGAACGUCCAGUACAGUCGUGAUGAAAGCUGCCUUUCCGUGAUGCAGCCAUCAUGUCUCAAUAAGGGUUACAAGAAGCAUGAGGAAAUAAUGGACUGAUAGUAGCCAUUGUCCUUUAAAGGAAAUCCAUGAACGAUAAAAAUCUGACUGUUAAAGUUAUCAGAUAACAGGUUGGAUAAACUAGUGAAAUAUCAGCUAAUUAUGAUGAAAAGCUGGUCUCGAUAAAGUGACAGAAUAAAUUAACUAAUUAAUGACCCACCAGCCAAUUCAUUAGGUUUACCUGCUUGUUAAUACAAGUAUCUAAUCACCCAAUCACGUGGCACCAAAUGAAUGCAUUCAGGCAUGUAAACAUUGUCAAGACAGCCUGCUGAAAUUCAAACAGAGCAUCAGAAUGGGGAAGGACGGUGACUUUGAAGUGUCUCUUAAAUCCUCCGCAAACAAUUUGGUUAGUUCUCUGGGUGACAGUGGCUUAUUAAUGGCCAGACUGCUUCAAGCUGAAGGCAAUAGUAACUCAAAUAACCAGUUGUUAAAAACAAGAUAUGCAGAAGAGCAUCUCAAAGCUUGAAGGCGAUGAGCUACAGCAGCAAAAGUUCACACCUGGUGCCUCUACAGUCAGUUAGGAACUUGAAACUGAUGCUAAGAUUUAAAGUGGCUUUUUCCAGACGAUUGGAAAAACGUUGCUUCCCACAGAAUAGCAAAACCAAGUGAUUACUCAUAGAGGUUCGUCUGAUUGUUGGAGCUUUCUCUAUUAAUGGAAGGCUCAUUCAAUUGAGAUGUUUUUGUGACCAUUUCUCCUCACUAAACUUCCAAUGUAAAGCAACAUGUUUCAAACUAUUACCUAGUCACACAGGUGUGGCUUAAUUUGUGCUUCAGUGAGAUGUUUUAGGAUCAUAUAGAUGCCCUUGUGCCUUAUAAAUUAUGACUCUGGAUUGUCUGUGACCACACUGUUGAAUUUCACUAGAAAAGGUUUGUCAUUUUUACCUAUCUCUCUCUCCCUGACAGCGGUAUCUAACCUGGAUGUGGAGAGUAAGCUGACAGCACACUACCAAGCUCCCUGGCAUCAGCAGAGGAACGUUUUCCAUCCCUCUACGCGGCCAGAAUGUGUGGAAGAGCUCCACAGGCAAGCCAAAACCAGCCUGUGGGCCCUGCACCGAGAUCACCAGAGGAGACGAUCGGGCAGCAGGGAGCGGAGAGUUACCAUCGCAAUCUCGCCGGUGCCCCCAAUGCCCAUGUGUCCCCCCCCUCAGAGGGGAACAAAUUUAACAACGUUCGAAUCCACCCGCUCCUCCUCCCCUACCGAAUGUUGCCACUUCUCUCCCUGGAGCAGAAAGGCUGCGCCCUCUGACCCCGACUCUGACGGGGUGGCUCUAGGUCACCGGUCUAAGUUUCCCAUCCCUAACAUCCCCUCCACCCUGGACAAGCAGACUAACUGGUGUAAAGCUCUGCCGCUGCCCACUCCAGAAGAGAGAAUGAAAAGCAAUUCCCAAGUCAUCACCUCAUGUGUCAUCCCCAUUAAUGUGACCGGGGUUGGCUUUGACAGAGAUGCUAGUGUGCGUUGCUCGCUCGUUCACUCGCAGUCUUUGCUUCAGAGGAGACGGAAGCUGAGGAGACGGAGGACUGUUGCCGGCGUUCCGAGACAGGUGCAGCGAGACUUAGAUUCUGAUGACUCUCCUGGCUCCAGAGAGCGGACAGUGAUAGUUCACGCCAGUGCAGAUAUCACCCCUUCCAUGCAAGAGUUUGCCAGCCAUCUCAACACCAGAGACUCGGGUUGUCAGACAGAAGACUUUUUGAUCUCAGGAGCACCAUCUCGAAGGAGGAUCAGGCUCCAGAGAGGCCCGGGAGUCUCCCUCUCCCUCUCACAUUCUGCAGGAAACAUCUCCUCCCUCCCUGAGACCUCGGACGCCAUGUUCAGUGCCUCCGUUGGAGCACACCUGCGUUCUCGGAGUCUGCCCCGAGACACCAGCCGAAUGUUGGACAACGGACAUAACGACAGCGACGAUGAGGAGGACCUUUCCCCCUUCGACACUGAGGGGUUUCUGACUGGAUCUAGGAAGUUGACUCUGAAGGAUGAAGAGGAGAGUACUGAUGACCAGGCCAUGUCUGAACACCAGCUAGGAAGCCUUAAGUACAAGCAGCUCUCACAGAGUCCGGAGCGCAGCUGGAUGGAACGGACCAGAUCUCACCUGCCUAGAAAAGCUGACAUGGGCAGCUGUGAGAUCUCAUCUAGCUCGGACACCUUCAGCAGCCCUAUGCACUCCAUCUCUGCUGCAGCAGUGCUGGGCGGCCAGAUAGACCAUAAGGAGGACCACCAGUCCUCCAGCGGGAACUGGAGCGGGAGCAGUUCCACAUGCCCCUCCCAGACAUCAGAAACAAUCCCUCCUGCCGCAUCUCCACCUCUGACCGGCUCCUCCCACUGUGACUCUGAGCUCUCUUUAAACGCUGCCACUCAUACUAACGAUGACCAGACAGGCUUCUUGCUGGACCACUAUCAGGGCCUCAGGACCCAAAGAGCAGGCUCCUUCUCCUCCACAGCUAUGGACAUAUUAGAAGAAGUUGGUGUCAGCAAUCCCAUCGAGGGGGAGUGGAGUUACCCCAAUCCAGAGCCUCCGGGGUCACAGGGCUUCAGCCCCGAGCCAAGCAGAGAGGCUGAGAGCAGUCUGGGCUGCCCCAGUUUCACCAGUAUGGCUACCUGUGAGAGCAGCUUCUCCGACAAACCACCGUCAGAGAAAGCAGACACCGUCUCGCACUACUCUGUGGACAACGAAGGUUACUACACCUCCAUGCACUUUGACUGCGGCUUGAAAGGUAGCCAAAGCUUCACUUAUAAUAACUAUGCACCCUCAGGCACUGACUGUGGCCUGUCAGACUCAAGUGGUCACAUGACACUGGGAAGACGCUGCCUCUCCUUAAAAAAACCAAAGGUGAAGCCAUCGCCACCUAAGAGGAGCUCCUCCUUAAGGAAAAUAUGCAGUGAGGGAAACAUCCCUAUUAAGAAAGAACCAAAGAUUACAUGUGGGCAGCAACUUCAUCUGUCUGCAAAGGAGAGGAAACUGCAGCUGGCUUUGUCUGGCUCUCUGGCUCACACUGAAAACUCCUCACUGGUCAGAGAAACCCGGGUAGGCUGGGGGGUUGAGGGCUCAGCUGAUCUACCCGACUUAGUCUCCACAGAUACACAUUCAUUUAAGGAUGAGGGGGUUUUGCAGUCAGACUAUGCAGAUCUGUGGCUCCUGAAUGAUUUGAAAUCCACAGAUCCUUACCGAUCGUUGUCAAACUCCAGCACAGCUACAGGUACGACGGUUAUUGAAUGCAUCAAGUCACAGGAUAGCUCUGAGUCGCAGACGUCCCAGUCUGGCUCCAGAGCUACCACCCCUUCACUUCCAUCAGUCGAGGAAGAUUUCAAGCUCAUAUCCCCAGAGAAGUUGGCAGGCCUGGCAAGCCCAUCCAGUGGCUACUCCAGUCAAUCAGAAACACCCACCUCCUCAUUUCCCUCUACCUUUUUCCCUGGGCCACUGUCUCCAUCAAGUGGUAAAAGGAAGCCCAAAGUCCCAGAGAGGAAGUCCUCUCUCUCAUCACUUUCACUUCAGUCACUGUCCUCUAGGGAUGGUGCAACCUCAAAGAGAGAUCUGGAGCUGCCAAUUAUCCCUCCCUCUCAUCUCGACUUAAGUGUCCUUCAUAGCGUCAACAACAAGGCGACAGCUUACAAGACCCAGAUGCAAAUCCUUCACCAAAACAAACAAAAAACAGCAGUGUCAGCCAAGCCUAUAGUACCUCACAACCCAGAGGUAUUCAACGCCCAUUGCCUGUCCAUUACGCCCACGGUGCUGAACUCAGUACACCUCCGAUCGAUCAGUAAGGCGCAGCAUGAAAAUCACACCACUUCCAAAUUCCAAUAUCCCACUGUGAACUCACCUAGCAAACUUUCCACUAGUAAAUCUUUAGAGCUUAAGAGUCCCGCACUGUACAACUCACACCACCAUCAUCUUCACCUAUCCUCAAAGGAGUCAGGUGUGUUUACCUCAAAUGAAGAGCUUACAAGUGGAAGGUCAGCAUGUGAGACUGAGACGAGGAACGAGCCGGAGCAAGAGGCUCCUGCAAAGUGUGUGACAACAGCCAGGCUCCAGUCAGACUCAUGUUUGAACCAGAAAGGUCCAGAAGUCCCCGAACAAACCAGAAGUCAAGAAAGAGAGACCUGUAGAGAGCUGCCAGAAACACCUGCCUGCCUCGGAGACUUCAGCUCACAGUCUGAGACUUUACAGCAACAGCACUCUGAAGAAGAAGAAGAAGAGGCGUAUCCUCCUCCUCCUCCUCCUGUCCUACACAGUUCCCCCAAUAGACCCAGCAGUCAGGAUAAAGUGCCUGCUACUGACAGUCAGUCGGAGACGCUGCAAAGCAGUCCAAUCAGCAAUGAAGACAGCAAAGAAAUGGAUUCAUUGGGCGAGUCAUCCGAAUGUAUCUCACAGGAAAGCAAGGAGUCCAUGCCAGACAUGGAGGACUAUUUUAGUAAAGACUCCACUCUCAGUGACAGCACUCUGUCCUCAGUGCAUGAUGAGUCAAGGCCAGAGGAUGACACCGUGUUUCUGUCCCCCACUAAAUCUCGCACCACUGAGGAUUUAUUCGCUAUGAUACACAGGUCUAAAAGGAAAGUGUUGGGGAGAAAAGACUCUGCCGAGUUGGGUGUGAGGAAUCGCCUCAGUGGCGCUUCGGGGAACACGCCACCUAACAGCACUGCAAGCUCCCCUAUCUCUGUGGCAUCACCUUCCUCCGCUGUGACCCCACCUGGCCUGCACAGAGUCCCCGGUCCCAUCUACAGGAAUGCAAAAAAGUCCAGUACCUCCAACGAGGAGUUCAAACUACUGCUGCUUAAGAAAGGAAGCCGCUCCGACACUAGUUACCGCAUGUCAGCUACAGAGAUCCUCAAGAGUCCCAUCACCCCUAAAUCACUUGGAGACACUCUAAUGGAGUCACCCAGACACCCCGACGACAACACCUUCCCUCAGCAGCAGUCCCAAUCAGGAGAAGACCACCUUUCCAGCCCCUACUUGAAAACCAACGCAGAGGGCUUUUCACCUAAAUCCUUCCAUACAUCUGCGGCCUCAAGGCAGGGACGCUCCAGGAUCCCACCACCUGCCAACAGCAGCCGCUACAGCAUGCGCAGCAGGCUGUACUCAACGCCCAUGCAGGCCAUCUCUGAGGGUGAGACAGAGAACUCGGAUGGGAGCCCUCAUGACGACCACUCAUCGCAGGGCUCCACAUAAAAAAAAAGCAAUAAUUAAGUAAUUUUAUUAGUUUACAGCAAACAGACAAACAAAAAAAGAUGGACCAGAAUGAGGAGAGAAGGAGAGAAAAUUAGACAAACGUGAACAUUUUUUAAAGAAAAUCAUAAAUUUAGUAAUUGAUGGUGUUUUAUACAGACUGCAUUUCUAAGAAAACAUCUUUAUGAAAUGAACAGCUGGCUCUUGUUUUGCGUCUGCAUUAUAUGGAAAAAUAUGAUUUACAAACCGGAAAAUCUUCUCAGUUCUAAAUUUAAACGGGGACCUAUUUUUCUUUUCUUUAUUUUCUAUCAUAUAUGUAUGGAAUCUCGACUUAUUAACUCAAAGUUUUGAGAAAAGUAACUCCAAAUUUAGAGUUAGCUUUGCCAAUCAGUAAUCUACGUGAAUGACGUCAUUUUCUUGUUAACCAGAAGGAUAUGGCGAGUUACUAACUCAAAAUUUUGAAGAAAAGUAAGUCAAAAUGUUAAGUUGCUUUUUGAGAAAGAUAACUCGAAAUUUGGAGUUAUGAAUACUUUUUUUUUGUGGCGGAAACAGGCUUCCAUAUAUAUGUGAUGCUCAUAGCAACACAUGGCCAGAGUUCAAGGUAUAAUAAUGAGGUCAGUGCACCUAAAAGUAAUCUUUUUUGACCUAAAACUCUGUCAGAAUUAAUGGAGAUCCCCAGUAUGGUCAGAGGCGGUACCAUCCCAUAUAAAAUAAAUAAGCAUUAUUAUGAACUGUGAAUCACUCUAAGCUACUCUAGAGUCUGCAAAUAAAAGUAUGGAGCUGGAAAUGAGUUUAAUAGCUGUUCUGUUAGUUUAAGGCACAUUUCCCAAAGUCUUGUAGACCCAACCCAACAACGUAACGUUUUUAGAAAUAAGCAAGAGAAGUUGAUCUGUUAUAAUUAACCGUAUGUAUUCUGUGAAUACAAUUAGACGGACAUUUCCUCUAACCAGUUACAUCGAAUGAUUUUAAUACCCUCAAAAUGAACAUCAGAAUUGACAAAUGUCAACAUUCAGUCCCUAUUCAUAUUUCCUGUAAACAGAAUUGAUACUAUGUAUAUUUUACUCAGUUUGUCAUAUACUAAAUUAUAUCAAAGCUUAUUAUUAGAAUAUUUUAACAUACUGUACAUAUAGCAAGAAAUGGAAGACGUAAUUAUUGGUGAGACAGGAAGUGUCAAAGCCGAGCACUAACUUGACAAUCUCGUGAGACAAGAAAGGAGCAGGUGUUAACAUGGGACAUGAAAAAGUGAUCAAAAAGUUCGAGGCAGGGAACUCGGAGAGCUGGAAGAGAAUGCUGAAGUCAUAAAGAAAAACUUACCAAUGGUCAUUUCUGGUUUGCUGACAUGAUGUGUUUAUGCAUUGUCGAAAGAGGCAAGUGGAAAGUACUCAGAGGAUCAAAUAUGCCUUAUUUUAUCCAACAGGAGAAAAUAUGUGGUGAAGCAGCUGAGGUCACAGCAAGUUGAGUGUUUUUGUGAGAUUUUUGAUUGUAUGGUUAAAUAUGGAGCCGGGUUAUUAAGUCUCUUGAAAAGAGAAAUGUCUGGAUUUGGCAUUUUCUGCCCCUCAAUAUUCAAAAAAAUAUAACUUCUAUAUUUUCUGUCUCAAACCAAUCUAAAUAUAUUUAUUUUUAUAACAUACACAAAAAACCUUUGAUCAAAAAUAUGCAAUGAAGUGCUGGAAUUUUUAUUUUUUAUUCACAUACUUAUUUUGUUCAUAAGAGAUGUGUUUUAGAUCUUAUACGAGACACUGGUUGCAGAGACAAAUUGGAAACUUAAUUAUAAAAUUUCAUUAAAAAUGUAAUUAAACGCCAAAAAUAUAAAUGUAAGGUUUUGGUUGUAACCCUGGUAUAUUUUAGUCCCAUGUAUUCACCAUAAUUUUAUAAGUACAUGGAGCUUAUUGGAGUGAUGGUACUCAAACCUUAUGCAAAACUGGCAGAAGCCUUGUUCUUCCCUGUAGGUAUGCUGUCAAUACCCUUUUAAUUUUCAUAUUAAUAACACUAUAUAACAGGGUACACAAUGAGUUAAGUCUGUGAACCUUCAUUCCAACUUUUUUGUUUUUUUCCUGCACUGACAAAAUGAUGUUUGUGAAGUUUUUUGUCUCUUGCUGUACCUGGAGAUAUUUAUAGAUGUGUACAUGCAGCUGUUUAAUAAUAUUCACACCCCGAGGAUGCUUUAGGAGUGAAGUACAGAAAUGCUUCUACCAAAGGCUAAAAACACGUGGUGGCAUUGAACUGUUGUCGUUUACUUGACUGAAAUGUUCUUGAAAACACAAACCAAUAAUAAAGAACUAAACUUACGGUACUAGAUGCAUUUCAUCUAGAUACAGACCAACCUCUGUAUACAGUACUUGUAGGUUUUAGUGGGGUUUUUUGUACAAACUUGUAAAUUAAAUAACGUUUUAGAAUUGUUACAAAGGUUGUUGAAUUGCUUCUUAUGUAAAAUAAAAAAAACAUGUUUUUAAAGUUUACAUUAAUUUCAGACCUUUGUAUAUUUUUGAGCUGUGGAACACGUUGUCUUGUAUUUAUUUUUUAGUAAGCGUUCUUGAAAUCCUAUAGUAAAUCCUAUCAAAGCCAACUGCUAGCACAACAGGCUGCUUAGCAAAUGUGUAUAAAAAGAUGAAUAAAUGUGACUGCUUUGAAAA